AUGACAAAGGUUCUCCUCACUGGUGGUUCAGGCUUCAUUGCCGCCCAUACCCUCGAACAGCUUCUUGACAAGAACUACACACUUGUCACAACCGUCCGCUCAGAGGAUAAGGCUCAGAAGAUCCGCAAUGCAUUCCCUGACAAGGUCAGGGAUGGCAAGCUAGAGAUUGUCAUUGUACCAGAUAUCGCAAAACCCGACGCUUUUGACCAAGUAGCCAAGACUCCUGGUCUUGAGGCUGUGGUUCACGUUGCAAGCCCAUUUCAUUUUAACAUUACCGAUCCUAAGAAGGAUCUCAUAGACCCGGCCGUCAUCGGCACAACAGGCAUCCUCAAGGCCCUUCACGCCUCAGCACCCAACGUCAAGCGAGUUGUCAUCACCUCAUCCUUCGCCGCCGUCCUUGACGAGGCGAAAUUCACAGAUGGAUCCCACGUCUUUUCGGAAAAGACAUGGAACCCCGUCACCAUCGAUGACAUCAACCGCUCAGACGCAACUGCUUACCGUGCUUCAAAGACCCUGGCCGAACGCGCAGCAUGGGACUUUGUCGCUGAGGAAAAGCCCUCUUUCGACCUUGUGACGGUUUGCCCACCUUUGGUUCUGGGUCCCGUGUCAAAGCAUCUCGCUACUUUGGAGAGCAUCAACACUUCCAACGAGCGUGUCGUGAAGAUGUUGCGUGGUGGGUGGAAGGAUGAGAUUCCCCCUUGCACACCUGUUCCUCUCUGGAUUGACGUGCGAGAUGCUGCACGGGCACACGUUCGAGGUCUCGAGGAGUCCAGCGCCGGAGGAAAGCGACUCUUUGCCACAGCAGGAUUGUUCUCGCACCGUCAGUUUGUCGAUAUUGUUGCUGAGAAGUUCCCCGAGUUUAAGGAUAAACUUCCUGGACCUGAAGUCAAGGGUGGAGAACUCCCUCCUAAGAACCAGAUGUUUGGUUAUAAUAAGGAGGAGACGGACAAGAUCAUCAAGAUUGACUGGAUUAGUGUUGAGACGAGUAUGACGGAUCUUGUUGAGUCGCUCAAGGAGAUUGGCAUCUAA